AUGCUGAUUGUAUUACUAUCAAUAAUGGCCUUCACCUUCGCCAAUACGGUGGAUACAUUCCCUACUUGUCCUUUGCUGACCUGGCAAUUAAUUGUUCUACCCGCCAUUGGACACCGCUUUCCUUCUCUAAUGAUAUCUGUCCUUUCAGCUUCAGACCUGAACGAAACUGACGCUCUUCAAAUUGGCACCAUCAUCCAAACUAGCUUCCCCAACAUCACAAGCGCAACCAUCCAAGGAGGUUUGGGAGAUGUACCUCGUAGAAUUCUAAUCCAGCAUCUUCCUCGAAAGCUUGAGAAUUUUACUCUGGCAUCACAUUCCUUACAAGGCCUCUCCAGUGCACUAACUCUGGUCCCUGAUUUUUUGAAAGGAUUGAAAUCACUGACCAUGGCAGAUGUGUGGGGGUUCGAUGCCGCGGAGCCUUUUUUCCAAUCAUUUGCCAAUGCCAUCCAGAAAUUUCCAAGGUUGGAAUCCCUUUACAUGCACGAUAUUCUAUGGGAACCGGUUUAUCGGUAUACCUACUGGUAUCAACUCCAAACAAAGUACUAG